AUGACAGAGAAGGAGAAGAAGAGCGAAGUAGCUGGCAGAAUGGAGGUACUACACAUUGCUCACAGCCUGUCUCCUGGCCCCUGGAGGGAGCUUGGCGUGAAUGAUGUUCAGGGCCUAACAAAGCAAGGGUGCUCCAACAACUGUGGCGUGUUUGUUUUGAUGUACACGCUGUACAUUGUAAUGGGGGCCAAUUGUGACUUCAGAGAGGAAAACAUGCUGCAAAUUAGGAGAUGUUUGCAGGCAGACUAUGAGGAGUUCUGCAAGGAAAUGAUGGACAAAAGGCAGCUGCAGGUGUUUUCCGGCUUUGAAAUGAGAUAA